AGAAUAUGGACGGUGCUCGGAGGCAGUGCUCCUUGAUGUGGUGCCGUGACCAGUUUGCACGUGGGGGCAGCACACUAGAGUACUGGUGAUACGCAGGAGCCUGUAGAAAAUGUGCAUGAAGAUGAGGAGAUGCCUUGACUAUCAAUGAAGCUGGGAAGAGAGAAUAAUCUAUUUCCUGCAGCUGAGGCAGAGAGUAUCUCUACUUCAGGUUUCCAUCUGAACACCUUGUGUCCUUUGCCCCAGUUUCCAGGCUCAUCAGUAUUUGCAGAUGAAUACUCCAGACCAGUGGUCAUGGGCCAGACUGCACUGAGUUCAGGACAAUACUCAAACAAAGCAGCAUCAAUCAAAGAGAUCCUGGUGUCUAUGUUGGAAUCGUACGAUGGCUUCAAACCAUCCACAGAAGAAUGUACUCCUGAUACAAGGCUUUCUUCACAGACUUUACUGCAGGAUACAAGUGCAAAAAAGUUUUGGCACAGUUGGAGCAGAGAUGGUGAACAGCAGCAGAGUGUUGGGAUUCCAAUGACAACAUCCAAAGAUUACUCGUGUAGUAACAAUUCAUUGUCGGCAUCACCUGAGCUGUCCUCAAGUCAUGUAAUUUCCAACGCCUUCAAUAAAUUCCUCCUUUCUGUACAGUCAACAGCUACCAAGUGCACAGUCUUCACUGAUGGCAGUCCAUCGAUGGUUGCUCUUGCAAAUCGACCUCCUCACGGGAGCAACUGUCCGGACAAAGCACAGAAUUGUCAGAGAAACAGACCAGAAACUAUUAUAUACACAAGUUAUCUCUCUAAUCCAAGCUUCAGUGCCAGCAAAGCUCAGGAAAAGGAGAAUACACACUUUAUUGUUGCUGACUUGGUUAUUGCGACAUUAGAGAAUCUGAAAUGCAACAUCUUGUGUGAGCAAGCCGAACCGGGAGAAGAGGAUAACAGUAAUCUUAUUAAGACAUCAGAUUUGAGAACUUGUAUUAAGAAAGAAUCACACUCUGACUCUGUAGACAGUGGGUUUGAAUGUGGUUCUGCUACACAGUUGGAUGAUUCGUCUGAAGUUGUCUCCACGGACAAUCAAAAUGGUGAUGAUGCUGUUGCUGCUGAUGACGAUGGUUGUGAUGAUUUUGUGAUAAUAGAAUUUGAUGACCUUGUUUUUCGUUCUGAUGGUCCCUUAAAGUCAGAAAGGCAGUGUCUAUCUGCUGAAUACUUGGCUCGGCGGCUAUUUAAAUCCUUUCGCACUAUGUGGUUACCUCGGGAAACUGACGAACAUCAAUUUGAGACAGUGGAAACGGUGCUGGAAAAAUUUCUCCCUCUGAAGGACACUCUUCCUGGUGCUGAAGAAUCUGUGGAUCUGACUACAGACUUCAAAGUAAACUCCCGACUGAGGGGCACAGCUGAUUGGGCUCCUCCUCGAUUCCAGAUUUUGUUCUUCAUCCACCCGCCCCAGAAGAGAGAAGUUGUCGUAGCUGCUCAGAAUUCUAUGUGUGCUGGCUGUGGGACGCGAAUCGAAUCCAAGUACAUCAGAAAGCUGCGUUACUGUGAGUACUUGGGGAAAUAUUUCUGUGAAUGCUGCCACCACAGUGAAGAAUCUAUGAUCCCUGGCCGAAUCCUAAUGAAGUGGGAUUUCAGCAAACAUCCUGUCAGCCACUUCUCCAAGCAGCUGCUGGAAAGCAUAUGGCACGAUCCGCUGUUCAAUGUAUUUUAUAUCAACAACCCCCUUUACAGCAAAGUCAAGGAGCUGAGUAAAGUGAAGGAACUUCGAGAGCAGUUGAUUCGUAUCAAGACUCUACUAAGAAACUGCAGACUGGCCAGAAGUGCGAUGGUUGAAUUCUGGCGAUUACAGGCCCAUUUAUCUGAGGAGCUGCAUUUGUACUCAUUGAAUGAUCUGGUAAUGGUGAAACGGGGCCUGCUGGUUCCAGGCCUAAAAGAUGUACUGAGAAUGGUCCUUUCCCACGUAGAAAGUUGUGAGAUAUGUAUGGCCAAAGGCUUCAUCUGUGAGUUUUGCAAGAGUAGUGAAAUUCUUUUCCCUUUUCAAGUAAAGCGAUGCAAACAAUGUUGUGUAUGCAAAGCCUGCUUUCAUAAAGAGUGCUUCAAAAUAGAACAGUGUCCCAAGUGCACAAGGAUCAAUGCACGGAAAGAACUCCUUGCUUUGCAACAGAUGACAGACUGAGCAUUGAAGUGAAAUCCUGAGGGAGUGUGUGGACUUCAGUUUAUAAGGAAAAACUCAACAUAUGGUGCUACUUCCAUGAUUUUUAAAAGAAAAAAAUGAACGAAGUGACGACGUCUGGUACGCCGCAAAUUUUUGAAUUGUUCAACAGAUGCAUUUUCACUGUGCUUACUUUCCUAUACAUGCUAUUCAUCAGUAUGAGAGAGGUUACUUUGCCAUGUGAAUUAACUUCAAAUUUUUCUCCCCCACCCCUCCCACCAA